CUCCUCUACGUGUGGCGCCCGACUUUGCAAAACCGGGAAGUAGAGUACGAUAGAAAUUUGUGCACGACGCAGAAGCAGAUCCUCGACGUCGACGAGGUUUCGUACGAGAAAAAAACCGAGCUCGUGAGGUUACAAGUGCGGCUUUGGCAAGAUCGCAGGGGGAAAGUUCGACAAUGGCAAGAGAAGACAUUGAAGUUCGGAGGAACGAAGACGAAAUUCGCGGGAGUGGAAGCGGAGAGACCCUUUUACCACUUGGAUCUGUUUUUGCAUAAUUUGCUACUGGUCAAAGCGACUGGAAAAGACACAAUGAAAGACCUGAUACCGACGUUUUCUGAAGAUUCUACUUCCACUUCUCUGAUGUUCCAGCAAGCGACAGGGCUGCGGGCAAUGUCGAAAGUGAUCGCCCUAGUUACGGAGCAAGGCCAGCCGCUAGACCUCCCAGAAGAGCAACUGAAGAAUGCUGGACCGCAAGCGCUACAGCAACUUUUGUCUCGGGAGUUCGCCGGCGUGCCUAGACAGACAACCCGCGGCGGGCAAGAAGUUUUCAACCCCGCAACCCGUGCAGCGAACGAGAAGCCGGAGACGCUGCACCUGUGCUUCCACAACCCGCUGCCGCUCGAUUAUGAUCAAGCAGAAAGCAGUUUCAACCAGGAUUUUUACCCGUGGGAAUUCGACGUGCGGAAGAUCAGGAAAGUGGUGGGAAAAACCAUUCCCGCAGCCGCGGGGGAGACGGUGGAGUCCUACUCUCUUCGCGAAGUCUAUGCCUCGGAGACGGAAGUCAUUUCUUGCAGUGGAGUCGCAGUGGAGGAUUACGAUGUUCCCCCUCCUGCAGGUCCUCGACGACCACGUCGUCUUCAUGCCGAAGUCGAUGGAACAAGUGAUCAUCAGAGUGGAACUGAAGCCGAGGGAGAAGGACACCGACAAGAAGAGGAAACGUCUUCGCAAAGAGGCUCUGAAACAAGACAUUACACACCUAGACCUAGUCGAAG